AUGAUGCGCUCUGCCAAAGCUGUUGUAUCUGAGCGUGGUCCGCCAGGCCACGGUACUUCCAGUGCCGUGGAACCCCAGCAACCACAACACACAGUGACUAUGUUGAAGAGAUGGUCGGUCGCGAACAAGGAGCUGCCAGCUGUUUCCCAGAUCAAAUCGAUCCAUGUAUAUGACUUUGAUAAUACACUUUUCCUGACCCCUCUUCCCAAUCCGCAACUGUGGCAGUCAAAUGUAAUUGGCCAGCUCCAAUCGCAAGACUUCUUCACUCAACGGAAGGGAUGGUGGCAUGACCCAGAAAUGCUUGAAGCGACUGGGAAAGGCAUUGAAGAGGAAGAGCCACUGGGCUGGCCCGGAUGGUGGAACGAGCAAAUUGUCAGCCUGGUUCAGAUGAGUAUGGAUCAAAAGGAUGUGCUCACAGUCUUGCUCACCGGCCGAGGCGAAGUUGCCUUCUCAGACCUGAUCAAGCGUAUUGUGGCGAGUCGGAGGCUCGAGUUUGAUCUCAUUGCCCUCAAGCCCGAGGUUGGCCCCAAUGCUCAGCGAUUUCCAUCGACUAUGGGUUUCAAACAGGCAUUUUUCACGGAUCUUCUUCUAACCUACAAAGAAGCCCAAGACAUCCGCGUUUACGAAGAUCGUCUCCACCAUGCCAAGGCGUUCCGUCAGUUUUUCGAGGAGAUGAACAAGCGCUUUCUAUCGCGCGAUAUUCCACUCAAUCGUAACGUGAUCAAUGCGGAAGUUAUUGAGGUAUUCGAGGGUGUUACUUAUCUCGACCCCGUGAUUGAAGUGGCGCAAGUGCAGCGUAUGAUCAAUGUGCACAACACCGCCAGCCAAAACGCGUCUCUAGGUAGAUCUUCAUUCUUACGUAUCCGCAAGACAACCAUCUACACUGGGUACCUUGUCGCGAAAGAGGAUUCUGCACGACUGAUUGAGCAUGUCCUCGCUCCGAUCAUCCCAAGCGGCCUCGCCGAAUCAAACGACCUCAGGUAUAUGGCGAAUAACAUCUUGAUUGUUCCUCGCCCAGCUUCCCAGUCGGUUUUGGCAAAAGCCGGGGGCAUGGGCAAAAAAGUGACAUGGAAGGUCACUGGCACGGCAGCCUAUGAAAAUCGUGUUUUCGCAGCUCGCGUUGAGCCUGUCCCCAGCACCGAACAGUACUUUUCAGAGAACGACCCACCUCUCAUUGUUUUGGCUGCUCGCAAGGGUGCUCGUCCAGUUGAAGCAUCCAAUAUAAAGAAUUGGCAGCCGUCCCCACCCGACAACCCUGUGACCUUCAACACCGAAGUUGGCGAGAAAGCGACUCUUCGAAUUGAGGCCGACACACCUGCUCAAGAUCGCUCCAAGCAUAAUCCCAACAAGAGGCGUUUCCAGCCAGACGAUGACGGCCUCCGCCCUCAGACGCAAGGCCAAGGAUCCCACUCUAGCCAGCGGCCAGGCGGUCAAUUUGACGCAGCACCUCGCCGUGGAGGCAAUAACAACCGGGGCCGCGGUAACUUUGGUAACGUGCGAGGCCGGGGGGCUCGCGGUGGACGUGGUCAGGGCGGGCGUGGCGGUCGCGGGCGUGGAGGGCAUGGCCAGGGGCCUGGUAACCAUUACCGUUCUCUUGACGAUGCGAGCAAUUUUGAGGGUACUAACGAUAACAGCAACCAAGCAGUUGGGUAUAUGGAUUACUAA